CCUAGAAGAUCGUUACAGGAGAGAGAGAGAAGAGAAGAGACGAGAAAAAGAGGAGAAGAUAGAUGAGGCCGAUGCAACUGGAUAUGUUGGCGGAGAUGGAGGAUGCAGGUUCUUCGAUGGCCAUGGACGUAGAUGACAUCGAAGCCAUGGAGAUGCUGAGUGAAGGAGGACUUAUCGCUGAGAACAAGCUCGCCGACGCCGAUUUCUUCAACAAGUUCGACGAUGAUUUCGACGACACCGAUAUCAACUGAUCUUCUUUAGUUCUCUAAGGUUUCAGAUUUCCCCUUGUUGCGGUUGAGUUUUAUGUAAUUUUCUGGAAUAAUCUAUAAAACCCGUUAAUUAGGGAUUCUGUGUUUGGGAAUCGAAGUAUGUGUUCAUAAGUAUGACUUUGCGAUUUGGUUUUAUGGGGUUUUGAUUGCUUAUCCGAUU